GUCAUGGAGGAAGCAGCGAAGUAAGUAGGCUGAUGAGAUGGCAAAAGUAUUAAAUUUGUUAUUUUGCUGCUCCAAUUGCAACCAGUAAUCAUGUGAUAUUAAUGUUUGGACGACAAGGCAAUCAUGGUAAAGACUGACUGAGAAACAAACGCAGCUCAACAGACGUGGAACUUUUCAGAGAGUCAAUCAGCAGCGGCUUCAUCCAACAAUGCUUGAAGGAGUUGGUGUUGUUGGGACAGGUUCCUUAGCAAGGAUCCUCAUCCCAACAUUCCAAGCUGUUGGCAUCCGGAUCGUCGCUCUGUGGGGUCCAACUCUUGAGAAAGCUGCCGAGCUGGCCAGGCAGUUCAACAUCACAUUUUACACAGACCGCAUCGACAAUGUACUCCUAAACCCUGAGGUUGAUUUAGUCUGCAUCAAUACACCCCCGCAUCUUCACGCCCAAGUGGCGUCUAAAGCCCUUGGUAUCGGUAAACACGUACUCUGUGAACGCCCAGCAGGGUUGAACAAGCACGACGCUUACAAGAUGGUUACAGCCGCCCAGUAUUACCCGUCCCUCAUGUCUAUCAUGAACCACGGCCAGCGAUUUUUGCCGGCGUUCAUACGCCUGAAGCGAAUGAUCCAAGACAAGGAGAUCGGAGAAGUCUUCUUGUGCGACGUCAAGGUCACCUGUGGGUCCUUGCUAAGGGACAAAUACAACUGGAUGUGUGAUGAGAACAUGGGCGGCGGGGUCUUGAACACGUUCGGCUCCCACCUCAUUGAUAUCAUCACCUUUAUCACUGGUCAGAAAGCCAUCAAAGUCAGAGGGAUGUUGAAGACGUUCGUGCGUCAGACGGACAAAAUCAACGGAAUCCGUCAGAUCACGAGCGACGAUUUCUGCUCCUUCCAGAUGGAGCUCAGCCACAACGUCUGCGUCUCGGUGACGCUGAACACUCACGUUCCCGGACAGUUUAAACAGGAGAUCCUCAUCGUCGGUUCCGAAGGACGGUUGACUCUUAAAGAAGCGGAUCUCUACGGUCAGAUGAGCGGGAUGAGUCGAGAGCAACUCUUGAUGGCCGACAUCCAGCACAUCACGGAGAGACAGAAGCAGGGCAUACCCACCAACCAGGUACCCUUGCCGUACCUCAAGGGAAUGCUGAAGCUCAUCGACGCCCUCAAGGAAUCCUUCGAGAGGAAGAAGGAACGUCUGAGUUGGGAGCAGGAGCCCGUUGCCCUGGCAGCCACCUUUGAAGAUGCGGUCUAUGUACAGACUGUCUUAGAUGCCAUUCGUGAGUCCAAUCGAACCGGGAACUGGGAGCUGGUUAAUCUGACUGGGGAUGGAGAUCCUUAUCAGUUCUUUCACUGACACUGAAACUGUUUGAAAUAUAAAUCUUACAUUGUGUGUCAACAAAGACAAUAAUAUUGUAUCCAUUCCUGACUGAGAGUUAUACAUAGAUGAGCGUUUGCAUUGGAAUGGCGCUCUAAUGAGUAUUUUUAAUCCAAACACAAUAGUAUUGAAAUACAUGUAGUUUACUCUCCUACUCCUGGUUAAAUUGUUUCCAACUUCAUGCCUCAUUUGUAUUGUACUUUGGCGGCACGGUUGGCUUGUGCGUAAAGCGCUCGCCUCUCACCAAGUUGACCCCGGUUUGAUUCCCAUUCGGGGCCAUA